AUGACCUCUGUAGCGAGCAGCCCGGAUUCAGAGCAUAGGAGUGUCAAGAUCUUUUCUUCGCAUGAUCCAGCAUGCGACCAGUGCAGGAUCAAGAAGAUUGGUUGCGGCCGUGAGCUGCCGGCCUGCUCCAACUGUGUCAAGGCCGGCGUCGAAUGUGUGAGGUCCAACAAAGGCAAGAGGCCGAACCAGACAAAUAAACUAGUCAACGACUUUGAGCAGUUCGGUAAUCGACUCGGAAGCCUCGAAAAGAAUGUAUUGCUCAUCCACGAGCGACUGGACGAGUUUCUCAAGGGCCUGCCGAGUCAGCAGCACGGCACGCCUACCGACGAUGGGCAAGACAGCCGCAGAAGGGCAACAUUGGCGCCGGCAUCCGCCAUGCACAAGGCAAUCGUGACUAGCCCAAUGGGAUGUGAGGAUUUCGCACCGCCCGACGACGACCUGUCCCCGGAUGCGAUUGGCAGUACCCAGCACUACUCCGGCGGCAGUUCGUUGAUGUCGUUGUUCGAGGACGCCGAUGAGAAAAUCAACAAGAAUCUGGAGGCCUUCAGGCCCAAAGCUUCUGUUCGAGAUAUCCUUGCCCGGAGUCAACGGCCUCAGCCGUCGCCUCCACCGCCACCUUUGCUAGAUGGCUUUAUGGCCUUCAAGGCCGAGGUGUACCAAGGGCUGUCGCUCUCUGCGCAUGCAUUCCAUCUUGAUCUUUCCAACGAUGGCGCUGCACUGCAGCUCCCUCCAAGACGGCUACUCGAGCCCAUCAUCGAACCCUACUUCCGACACGUUGCACCAGUUACCCCAGUGGUCGCCCGGAAACCGUGUGUGGAGGCUAUCGACAGGCAUUACUCGUCUGAAGCAUCAGAUCAAGACCUAGAGCCGGCAUGGAUCAUACUAUUCAACUACAUGAUUCUAGUUUGCUUUGUCGGACAAUACAUGCCCCUUGAUAGGCCAAGCAGCGACCUCGACAUCGUGUCCGUCACCCAGUUCGAGAAGCCAUUUAUAGUCAACGUUCGUCGUGCAUUUUCGGGGCUUGACAGACUCCUCGCGCCGAAGCUUGUCAACCUCCAAGCACUAGUAGCUCUGACAUACAUCUCUCAGAAAUAUUUCUCAGAGCACGUUACGCAAUACCUUCUCAACCAAGCCUGUUUCGUGGGCAAGGCUCUCGGUCUACACAGGAGAUACUCGCGCGAGCAACUGACGGCCGACGAACACGACGAGAGGAGGCGGGUCUUUUGGUGCUUGUUCAUCACUGAUAAGGACGUUUCCCUACUGCUCGGUACUCCGCCAAAUCUUCACCACUACGACUGCGACGUCACGUAUCCACGGCAGAUCACUCACGACUUUCGCCGCCGCAUUGACUCGAGUUUGAUCCUGGGCAAGGUGUACAUCCUUCUCUACUCGCCAGCCGCAAGCCGCACGCUGGCACAGAAAUUGGAGGACAGCAUUGAUGAGCUCCUGGAUGAUAUCGACGGGUUCCAGCGAAAUGUAGAGGACGUCGCCUCCAAUGAAACAGAUUUGAAUCGACGAGCAUGGCAGUACCUGAUGCUCGAGCAAACGCACACCCUCCAUCACGCGCGCGUCAUGGUGCUGCGCCGUAGCUCCAGACCGGCUCUCUACGCACUCCGACUUGCCGAGGCGAGACAAGCUAUCCAGACAAUGGCUAGGGUUCACAUUGCUAGAACGACAGUAGGCGGCUUCAUGGUUCUAAGACGUCCGUUUCAAUGGCGGCCCUUUGUGUCCUUCUUCGAACUUCUCCCCAAGAUCUUCACCUACCCUAUCAUGAAUGAGCAACUGAGCGACCUGACUCUUCUCCAAGAGCUGGUGGAUGUUCUUCGUAUUGUCGCACCUGCGGACGGCCCCUUUUCGUACUGCGGAAAGCUGCUCCGCAUCGCCGCGGGCUGCGUGACCAUCGCGAGCGAGUUCUCCCAGCUGUGCCUGCGUCAUCAGAACGUUGACAGCACGAGACUCACCCAGACCGUGACCAGCCCGGAGUCGCAUAGAAAACGCAAGACAAGCCCGGGGGGUAUUCCGGGUAGUGCCCAGGCAAGCAAGAUCCGGAGCGCUGGACCCCAUGGCCAACAUCACGCUGAUCACGGGGUAUCCAACGCUGAACACGGAGUGUCCAUCCCACUCGUUGGAGGACACGUGGUAGGGCCGAGCUCGAUGGUCAGCACGGGGCUGCCGACCGAGUUCACGCCGCCAGCAGAUGCCAUGGGUAUUUCUGGGACAGGAUUUGAUAUGUUUGAAGGCAAUAGCCUGACGGACAUGUUCCCUGGCUGGCCCAGGCCCAAUUCGGACAACUUAUCAUUUCUGAGCGAAGGGUUCUUUUGGGGAGAUGACGACGGGUUCAAUUCUCGGCAGGUUUGA